AUGUCGUCUGGCUUCCAUUCACAGCACAUAAAUAUGAACAGUUGUAUACCAAUUGGAAAGAACUACAUUAAUGGCUUCCAUGUUGGCAAAGUGAGUGCCAAUAGUCCUUAUGUGGUCUUCAUGUUGCAAGCCACUGUGUUCUUCGUCAUCUCCCGAUCCAUCCACUAUCUUCUCAAACCUUUGAAACAACCCAAAAUCAUCACCGAUAUCUUGGCUGCAAUUUUAUUAGGACCCUCUUUUCUAGGCUGUAACCGAACACUCUAUGACGCAUUAUUUCCACACGUUGAGUUGACGAAUGUGAAUACAGAAGCCCUGCUUGGCGGAAUAUAUUUCAUGUUCAUAGAGGCAGUGAAAUUGGAUACAGAUACGAUCCUAAGAACGGCUAAAUACGCUUGGAAUAUCAGCAUCACAUGCAUCUUGUUUACUUUCGUUGUCACAUAUUGCCUCACUAGUCUUCUGCGUGAUUACUUUCCAGGAGUCACUAAACAAAUCAUGUUCAUCAAUUUAUGUAUUAUUUUAUCUCUCACUUUCUUCCCUGUUGUUACCAAUGCCCUUGCUGAACUCAAACUAUUGAAUUCUGAGUUGGGGCGACUUGCCAUUUCUUGUGCUGUGCUAAAUGAGAUGGCUACAUGGGUUUUUUUAGCAAUGUCAAUGAUGUGGACUGGAACCAUUAAGCAGAAAAUACAAAGCGAGGUUAGUUUGGGUGCAUUACUAUUAAUCGCCUUCUUCGUUAUACGGCCAGCAAUCGGGUUUAUUAGUAGGAGCAUACCGGAAGGAAAACCAGUGAAGGAAGUAUACAUUGUAGGAUUUCUGAUUCUUCCUUUAGUCAUGGGACUUCUUACUGAAAUUAAUGGGAUGACUCCUUUGCCGGGAGCUCUAUUGGUUGGGUUAUUGAUACCUCCAGGACCUCCUCUGGGUUCAGCUAUAGUUGAGAAAUGUGAAAACAUUAACAACAACAUUCUUAUUCCUUUUUUUUAUAUGAGCGUCGGUCAACUUACAAAUAUAUACUCCAUAACCGAUUGGAAAGUAUUUGCAUCGAUGUUUAUGAUCUUGAUUGGGACCUUUUCAGCGAAGAUGCUAGCAAGUUUGUUCUCCUUGCUGUACUUCAAAACAUGUGUUCGACAUGCUAUCUUACUCAGCCUCAUCUUGAACCUCAGGGGGAUUAAUGAGUUGUUAUUGGCUUUAAGAUGGAGAAGAAGAGAGUUAAUAGAUGAAGCCACUUAUACCUCAUUGAUAUUGAGCAACACGAUUUUGAUUUCAAUAGUAACGCCUUUGAUAGAAAUUUAUUACAAACCUCAGGAGACGCUCGAGACAUCGGAUGAAUAUAAACCUCUGGCGGAAGCACUACAAGCGAUGCCAGAGAACGUUGAACUGCGAGUCCUUUGCGGCGUUCACGAUGAAGGUAACGUCCACAGCAUUAUCACUCUGCUAAAAUCAUUAAACCCGGUUGAGGGGAGUCCUAUAACUGCAUACGUACUCCACCUUCAAGAGCUUGUUGGACGAGCAGCACCACAUUUUGCUCCUUACAAGAGUCAAAGGAAAAAAUUAUUAAAAAAUUCCACUGAUAGGAUUAUCAAUGCCAUAUCAAACAACUUUAAAGGCUCUUCUUAUGUAGUCAACCUUGAGACCUACGCAAUGAUCUGUCCUUACAACGUUAUGCACCAAAGCAUCUGCAGCAUAGCUCGCGAAAAGAAAAUCCCUUUGAUUCUACUUCCCUUCCACAGAAGUGUAGAAGUUGAAGAAAAAACACUGAGGAUGCGCAGUUUAACCAAGACAAUGGAGCAACAUUCACCGUGCACGGUUGGGAUUUUCGUUGAUAGAGGCUUGCCUUUUCAGUUGAACACAACACGGUCGUUUUUCCAUGUUGCUUGUUUCUUCUUAUGCGGACCAGAUGACCGAGAGGCAGUGGCAUUAGUUUCACGCAUGUCUGACCACCCUUCCGUGAGAAUUACGCUGUUUAGGAUUAUCUUUAAACCAGAUCAUGAAAAGGCGGAAAAUCAUAAUGAGAGGAUGCAUGAUGAUUCUGUCCUGAGUGACUUUUUGUCAAAGAAUGCUAACAAUAAUAGUGUAGUACUGAAUAAAGUUUUGGCAUACGACACAAUGGAAGUAAUAGACGCAAUUCGUGCUGCAGAAUUCGAUUAUGACCUGGUGGUGGUAGGAAAGCAGCGAGUUAUGGGGUCACAAUUGGAUCAAGAAAUGACGCCGUGGGUUGAACACAAGGAGCUUGGUAUUAUUGGUGAUAUGCUUGUUUCUAAAGAUUUUUGUGGGGGAAUGAUGUUUGUUUUGGUGAUACAACAUUCAAUUAACGUUAUGGAUAGGAAUAAGAGCAAAAUCUCAUCUUUUUACUCGGAUAAAGAUGAUAGAGAUAUUAAUGACCAAGGCAUUGAGCUCAUCUUGUUCUUCUUUCUCUCUCGACUGCUCUACUUUCUUCUCAAACCCUUGCACCAAUCUGUUAUUGUCUGCAACGCCUUGGCUGGAAUUCUCUUAGGUCCCUCUGCUCUAGGUCACAAUAAGGCAAUCCUGGAAAAACUAUUUCCUGAAAGUGAGAUGGGGGUGGUGAAUACAUUCGGUGUAAUUGGUGGAUUAUAUUACAUAUUCUUGGAGACAGUGAAAAUUGAUAAGGAAAGAAUCAUAAGAACGGCUGAAUACGCUUGGAAUGUUAGUCAUGUCAUUACUGAAUUCAAACUCUUAAACACUGAAUUAGGCCAACUUACCAUAUCUUGUUCCAUUCUCAAUGAGAUUGCUGCAUAUUUUAUUAUAGCACUGUCACUGUGUUCAACUGGAACCAUAAAGGAUAAAAUCGAAAGCACGGCUUGCUUUUGUGCAGUGUUAUGCAUCGCCGUCUUUUCAAUACGGCCAUUAAUACUGUGGAUUAUCAAGAAUGUCCCAGAAGAAAAACCAGUCGAUGAAAUUGUCAUUGUUGGACUAUUAAUUCUCCCAUUUGCCUAUGGAUUUCUGAGUGACAUGCUAGGGAUGACCUUUUGGCUGGGAGUUAUAUUAGUUGGAUUAGUGAUACCACCUGGGCUUCCUUUAGGUUCAGCUCUAGUAGAGAGAUUUGAAAAUAUCAACUCCAGCAUUUUUUUACCUUUCUUAUAUCUGAGUCUUGGCCAACUUACCAAUAUAUGCUCCAUAAGAGAUGGCAAAGGAUUUAGAGCAAUAUUUUUUAUCUUACUUGCGCCCGUUUUGGGGAAGAUGUUGGGAAGUUUGUUCUCCUUGUUUUACUUCAAAACAAGUAUCCGAAAUGCUGUCUUGCUCAGCCUCCUCUUAAACUUCAGGGGUGUACUCGACUUCACAAUGGCCCAGCGUUUUAGAAGAAAUGAGCUAAUGGAUGAAGCCACUUAUACCGCAUUCAUAUUGACCAACAUUUUUGUGGCCACAACUAUAGGGCCUUUGAUAAACAUUUUUUACAAACCUCAGAUGAAUCUUGAGGAGCGUGCUUUAUGUGAGCCCCGCAUGAUAACGCUGCAAGCGAUGCCGGUAAAUGCUGAAUUGCGCGUCCUUUGCGGUGUUCAUUGCGAAGAAAAUGUGCCCGGCAUCAUCACUUUGCUAAAAGCAUUCACUACUCCAACUGAAACAAGCCAAAUACGUGCUCACAUAGUCCACCUUCAAGAGCUUGUAGGUCGAAGAACACCACUUUUAGCAGCUUACAAUCACCGAAAGAGAAGAAUAUUAUUUCCUAAUUCCACUGAUCGGAUUAUGCGUAAGGUGUCAAACAACAUCGAAACCUGUGCCGUCUCUCUUUUUGCCUACACAAUUAUUGCUCCAUACAAGAUCAUGCAUCAAACCAUUUGCAGUCUCGUUCAAGAUCAAAGUAUUCCUCUCAUUCUACUUCCCUUUAGUAAAAAUCAGCUACUCCAUGGAAGAAUGAGGAAUUUCAACAAUUUAAACAAUAAUAUCCAAGGAUAUUCACCAUCCACAGUUGGGAUUUUUGUAGAUAGGGGAUUGACUGAUCAUUUGAAAUCCAAACAGACACAUUACCACGUUGGUGCCUUCUUCUUAGGCGGACCUGACGACCGAGAAGCAAUGGCAUUGGUUUCACGCAUGUCUGAAAAACCUAAUUUCAGAAUUACAUUGCAUAGAAUCAUCUUUAAAAUGGAUUAUGAAAAAGAAGAAAAUCAAAGCGAGAAAAAUCUUGAUGACAGUGUCAUUCAGAGAUUUUUGUCCAAGAAUAAAAAUAAUGCAGGUGUUAGAUUUGAUGAGACUGACGUGGAUAGCACUGCUCGAGCAAUCGAUUUAAUGAGGUCUAUACAGAAAGAUUAUGACCUUGUAAUUGUAGGAAAGAGGCGAAUCGAAGGGUCACAGUUGAAGCAAGAUAUGAAGCCAUGGCUUGAAUACGAAGAGCUUGGUGAGAUGGGUGAUUUUCUUGCAUCUAAAGAUUUUUGUCAAGGCACAAUGUUUGUUUUGGUGAUACAUUGUGUUGGAAUUUCACGUACAAUUGUUGCUUCUCCUGUUAAAGUAAAGGGUAAUACUGAUGAAGUUAGAAUUGACGUCGGGAGAAUUACAACUGUAUCAUAG